CUGUGUCUUUCAUAGCACAAGUCCCUUUCUCUCCCGCAAGCCUGUGGGUGUAUUCGUUUCUUAUUUGGCCAUUCCAGAGGUGCGGCUUUGCUGUAAGUCACAGUUUUGCCAGUAACGUGGGGUGCCUGGGAGGAAGUGGAGGGGGAGAGGAAAAAAAACAGCCUAGGGUUAUUCCCGACAAUAGUUGUGCCACUUCCUUCUCCCUCUGAUCAAUAGAGGGUGUGUGUGGGGGGGGUGGUUUCACUUUCCAAGGGGCAUGUAAGUGACAUCGUUUCCACGGUGGAAAGAACUGCACUCUGAACGAGAGGGUGGAUGCAGAAGAAGACGGAAGACGGUGUCUCACUCACCGCUACGAAAAAGAUCAAAGAAGACCCCGGGCUAAGGAUAGAUUUAGUCUGCCAAUCAUUCCGCAGAGCCUGGUUUAGACCAGAGGUUUUCGUGUUGCACAGGCCCAGCUGAUAAGGAGGAAGUGUGGAGGCUAAAAGGAAAGUUUUUUUGUAACCCUGCCCUGCAGUCUGUGGAGCCGAAAAGGCACGGCAAAGGCAGGGCUUCUGUGCUGUGGAAUCUAUGGGGUAAAACAACCACCUGCAGACUGUUUGGAGUUGGCUGUGGACGUCAGCCACAGGGCUUGUGCCUGUCACUGGUAUGUGACCCUUCUGAAUCCACUCAACCACGCUGCCUUGAAGUUCUCUUCUAGUCAUGCUCGUCAACCAAUGGGCCGUUUGUCCUGCUAAGGACCUGUGAAGUUGCUUCACGAUCAAUGAUGAACCCCACAAUAAACUUAGAGCCAGUAUAUCAGCCAAAUACUUUUAUCAUUAUGCCUGUUUUAAACCAGAUGCCCUUGAAACUUUGCAAGCUGCUAUUCCUUUUCACAUGGACACAUUGGGGUGUUGAUUCUUUUGGUUUCAGAAACUGUAUCCUUCCCCAUAACAGAACUGGCCUUGCUAUUUGCACUGGCCAUGCCAUCAUCAACCUGAGUUCUGCCAUCGCUUCUUUGCCAAACAUGACUUAUUGGCUCAAUGCCUCCCACAACUCUGUGGAAAACCUGACUUCUACCACCUUUUCCCACCUUCCUGAUUUAUUGGAACUUUAUCUGGACCAUAACUUCAUAUCAAGCAUUGAGGCCAACACCUUUCAGUGUCUGGGAGGCCUUGAAGUUCUAGAUUUGAGCUGGAACCAACUGACUGCUAUAGGUCCCCCUUUAUUGGCCAACUUGAAACAUCUCCGUGUAUUGCACCUGGAUCAUAACAAAAUUGCCAUAGUGCACUCCAGUUUUCUCAUGUUCCCUUUGGCUCUUCAGGAACUUUAUCUUCCCUCCAAUAGACUCUCUAGUUUCCAAAAGGUGGCAACAGCUGUAAAAGACUUGCACAAUCUCACCAUCCUGGAUCUGGAUUUCAAUCACAUCUCUACCCUGUGCAUUGGUCCUUCCCGGGUCAGUUUGCCCACCUUGAGGAAUCUCAGUUUGAAUAACAAUGCCAUUUCCAGACUGGACUUGUCCAACUGUUCCUUUCCUAAUUUGCGACAACUGAAUCUAACUCAUAAUAACAUGUCAGAAGUGGAAGCUGGAUCCUUUCAAGCCACUCCUGUUUUGACGGAGCUGUCUUUAGACAUGAACCCUCUAAAGGUCUCUGAGCUUAUCAACAUAUCCCUUCCUAACCUGACUAUGUUGGAUUUAUCCAGUAUGAAGCCACCAUUAAACAAGAAUUUAUCAGUAGCUUGCUCUGUCUUCCAAAGUCUUCCAUCCUUAACUUCUUUGGACAUCAAACGUUGCAAAUUUAAUAAUACUCAGUUGAGACAGUUGGGUUCUUGUACUAACCUCACCUGGUUGACUCUGUCUAUCACAGAAUAUAGAUACCUGAUAAAUAAGACAUUUGACACAUUUCAGAACUUAAAGUAUCUUUCUCUGGAUAGGUGCAAGAUAUUGCAACUCCAUUCUAAAACUUGGGGAAAAGGGUUACCGUUGCAAACCUUGAUCCUGAGUAGAAAUGAUAUCUCUGAAUUAGAUUAUUCUGUUUUCUCUGCUUUGAAGAAUUUAAGCUAUUUGGACUUAUCAAAGAACCGCCUGACCAAUCUACGACAGAAAUCCUUUUUUGGCAUGGCAGCAUUGCGGACACUUAUUCUACAUAACUGCCAGAUCACAGCUGUAACCCGUGAUACUUUCUACUAUGCCCGUAAGAUCGAGUUUUUGGAUUUGAGUUUUAACAGCAUUACGUUAAUCAAGAGUUAUGCCUUUUCACGUCUGCAUCUGAAGACUCUCCUGCUUUCAGCAAACAGAAUUUUGACUGUUCAGAAGUUUGCCUUUAGGCAUCUCAGUUCUCUAAAAUACCUUGCCUUGGAUCAAAAUUUCUUAUACAAGUUUUCUAAAUCAGUCUUUGCACCCCUGAUUAAGCUGGAAACAUUAGAUCUCAGCCGCAACUAUCUGUUUGCUUACAACAAAUACAAUUAUCCAAGCCCCUUUAUGGGUCUCCACUCCCUUGUGAAACUGGAUAUUAGUUUUCAGACACCUAGAUUACCAAUCUGCCCUCCAGACAAUCUCUUCCAAGGGCUGGAAAAUCUAAAGUUCCUGUCUUUGAGAGGCAACCCUAGCAGUUUGUUUCUCAACCUUUCAUUUAUAAAUAUUACAACUCUAGAAUCCCUAGACCUCUCUGAAAUCAAGCCAGGGAAACAUGAGUCUUGGAAACUCCAUUCACAUUUCUUUCAAGGACUGAGUAACCUACAUAAUCUCUGGUUAGAAGAUAGUGCCAUCAAGGACCUGCCUGAAGAAGUCUUUUCUGAUUUGACAUCUUUGGAACAGCUUGUCCUGAGCAACAAUGAUUUGAGGAACUUCAGUAAAGAAUCGCUUAGUGGACUUUCCUCCUUGAAGUAUUUGGAUGUUUCUGGAAAUUCACUGUCAUGCUCUUGUGAGAAUGCAUGGUUCCAAAACUGGUCAGUAUCUGUGCCAAACGUUCAAGUGGCCUUGCUGAAUUCCUAUUAUUGCUUUGGCCCUGGAAUGCCUGAUCGUCUUUUUGCUUAUGAAGACAUGUCCUUGUGCUCUGAGAACUGGGGAAUGUUCUUUUUUAUUGCCACCACAGUUACCACCCUCCUGCUCCUGCUUCCAUCUUUGGUCUAUGCCAAAUUUGGCUGGACACUUCGACAUGCUUGUUAUCUUCUCAGAGGCUGGGGCUGUAGCCAACUGCACCACAAAGGACAGGACUACCAAUAUGAUGCUUACAUUUCCUGUUGUAGUCAUGACUAUGAAUGGGUGAUCAAUAACAUUCUGGAAAAGCUGGAAAAGCAACAUGAAUUCCACUUCCGGUUUUGUUUUGGGCCUAGAGAUUUUGCCCCUGGAAAAUACUAUAUAGAUAAUGUACAGAAUGGAAUAAGCAGAAGCCGUAAGACCUUGUGUUUGGUGAGCAGAAGUUACUUGGAGAGUGAAUGGUGUUCCCUAGAAAUUCAACUUGCUUGUUCCAAGAUCUACUAUCAUGGACAUGACCCUUUGGUGGUGGUCUUUAUGGAAGAAAUCCCUAACUACAGGUUGUCUCCUUAUCAUCGCCUAAGGAAACUGAUGAAGCAAGAGAGCUAUCUCACUUGGCCUGAGGAUCCCAAGGCUGAGGAUCUGUUCUGGACCAAACUGUGUGAGGCUUUAGGCUCUGAGAGACAAGAAGAGACCUUCACACUAUUCACUAUAAUUGAGUAGCCAAAACCAGGAGGAAUGCAGCUACGAUUAGCCUACUGGCAUUAUUUUUUCAUGUAGUUAAAAUUAUUUGAUUAGGCCCUUGAGUGGAAAAGGAGGAUCUGUCUGUAGAUCAUCUAGCUAUGCAUUUGUUUUAUAUAUGUGUGUGUGUGUGUUACCUACUUGGCACAACUGUCUUUCUGAUAUUCUUGGAGCUCCAUGUACUCUAAAUCCACCUGUGAGUAAUAUACUCUAGGUAAGGAAUUGUCAUUUGAAGAGAAAAUGGGGAAUCAUUUCAUAGCUCGGAGUUAGCUUAUUUCUUUCUGGCUGAUACCUUAAUUCUUCUGAGUGAAGCUUUAGCUUCUCAGGAGGGGUUAUAUAUAGGCUGCCAGGCUAGAAGCCUUAGCAACAGAGAAGAAACGGUAGGCAGUGGAGAAGGCAAAAGCUUUGCUGUAACACUUUAAGCCCAUUAAUGUCUCAGUCGCCAAGGGAAACGAUGCUUUGCUCCUUGUCACCAGUGGAUUUGGCAAAUUAGACAGGAAGGAGAGGCAGGAAAAGCACAAAUCCCACCUGCCUAUAGUGCCUGGAUGUCUGCUGGCAGUUUGUUCUGCUGGGAAGCAAGGAAUUGACAUCUGGGAAGGAAGAAAAUCUUCAGUUUCUGAAACAACGGAACCAGACAUUGUGGGUAUUGAAGGCUUGGUGACCCGUGAACCAAACAUGACUUGAAUAGCUCCAUCUAAAGUAUCUUCUCCUUCCCUGCCAAAGACAUUUGUAUCUCCUUCCUAAUAGAGGCCGAGUUUCUUCUGGGGGAAUUUUGUUGGUCAUCUAAGAGAGGAUCUGGGUGAUGGCUGCUGGAUUGAAAUUGAUUGUACAAUAGGAUUCUUUAAGCUCUAGAGACUUGGCCUUUCUGGAAGUUAUCAUCUGUUUCUGUGGCUAUCUGAUCUAACCUGAACUGCCCAACCCUUUUCCAUCCCCAUUCCUACCCUUUUCCCAUCUGCCAAACAUCCCACCUGUGGUGAUG